AUAAUUAUAAACAUGUUUCAAAGUAGUAGUGUAUGUGAAAUAUGUUUACUCUCUUUGUUCCAUAUUCAAGCUUAUGUGCUUCAUGGUAUGUAAACACACUUGAGGCAGUGUUGUUCUUGGAGUGUCGAGGCAUUUUCUAAACCAAAAAAAAAAAAUGGCAAUAAUUUUUUUUUUAUUCUUUUUCAAAUAAUGGGAAAUCAUAAGCAUAAAAAAGAAAAAACGUCUAAAAAGGAGCAUAAAGAAAGCAGCAGAGAACAUAAAAAACAUAAAAAGAGUAGCAGACAAAAAAACGAUGAAAUCGAUUACUCAGAUCCUUCAUUAUGGGUCGAAGCAGAAGACAAUACUGAAAUGACUCCAGCAGAGUAUCUAAGAAAUCAACAACAAAAUACUGAUGCGAGAAAUAAUCUAUCACAAGAGACUAUAGAACAACCCAUGCAAGAAAACGCUAGACAUGGUUGGAUGCUUGACAGUGGAUUCGAUUUUGGAUCUUUAGGUACAGCUAGGCAGAAAGAGGAAGACAAGCCAAAGCCAAAUCCCGAUGAACCCAAGAUCAGUUCACGCGAACUUAACCGACAUUUAGUGCAAGGCCUUAGCACUGAUGAGAUUCCACAACAAAAGCCCUCGAUAAAGUUUGGAGAUGCUGGAUCAAAUUGGAGAAUGAUGAAGUUAAAACGGACAAAAGAACAGGCAGAGGAUGAAGGUAGACCGCUUUGGGAAGUAGGCAUUGAGAGAUACGGUUCUGCCGAAAAGUUUCAAGAAGCAUUGGACGAAAGAGAGUAUUUGGACAAUCGAAAGAGAUCUCGAACGGAUGACAGACAGAGGAAUUAUGAUGAUCGCCGUAGAGACAGACGCGAUAACAACAAGCGCAGCAGUCCCGACGAUAGACGAAAAGAACAACAUGAACAAAGUGACGAUAGUGGACGUAGAUUUAUGUUUACCAAUAAUGAUCCCGUACAAAGAACGUUUAAACGCCCUGAACCUCCUAAACGUCAGCGUUCACCAACACCUGAACCCGAGAGGCGUCAGCCCGAGCCAAAGCAAGAGCCAGAACUAGCCAAUACACAAACACCAGUACUCACUCCUCCUAUCUAUUCAAUGCCAAGUGUUCAGCAAGUAUCGAGUGUACAGCCUUUAACACGAGAUCAGCUCAAUAAAUUGAACGCUAAAUUAGUAAAAGCACGACUAAUAGGGGCCGACAAUGCCGCAGAACUAGAAAAGGAGUAUGAGGAGGAGCUACAGAGAUUUGAACAGGCUCAGAAAGGUGUUACAGUCCUACCUACAUUUGACAGCCAAGGCCGCUUACAUGAUUAUGCGCUCAAUCAAAAGAGCCAGCGGCCUGAAGAAUUGAAGGGAAAAAAGAAAUACGAAGGAACACAUGAUAGAGUAACAGGGGAACGUAUUCGAUAUGGGACAGCAGAUGAUACACUUUCCUUGGUUGAAAUGGUUCGACAAGAAAAGGCAGGUGGCAGAAGCUUUGAUAUGGACAUGGAAUUUGCUAAUCGCAUCGUAAGUGAUGCUUCAUUUGAGAACAAUUUAGAUUAUAUGGACGAAAAAGCAGAUAUUAUUGCUUCAAAGAAAGGUCAAACGGAAGAACAAAAGAUGAAAAGGGCCAUAACAGACUAUAAACGCACUCAAGACGCACUGGAACGCUGUAAGUUUUGCUAUCAUGAUGAUAAGCCUCCUCAGCUUGCCAUGAUUUCUCUUGCUGCAACAUGCUACCUUGCUUUACCGAAUGUUCAUGAACUUACUCCAGGUCAUUGCAUGAUUGUGCCUCUUCAGCAUGUGACCAGUAUGCUCGAGUGUGAUGAUGAUGUGUGGACUGAAGUGAGAAAUUUCCAAAAGUGCUUAAUGAAAAUGUUUCAUGAGCAAAACCGAGGAACGAUAUUUAUGGAAACAGUAGUUAACCUUAGAUCACAUAGACACACGGUUAUUGAAGCCAUACCAGUGCCUUAUGAUGUCUAUGAUGAUGCGCCUGCUUACUUUAGAGAAGCCAUUAUGUCGUCUGAGGAAGAGUGGUCACAACAUAAAAAAUUAAUUGAUACAACCGAACGAGGGUUUCGCCGCUCAAUGGUGAAGAACUUGCCUUAUUUCCAUGUCUGGUUUGGUCUCGAUAAAGGAUAUGGGCAUGUUAUUGAAAAUACGAGUCAUUUUCCUUACUGGUUUGGUAAAGAAGUGAUUGCUGGUAUGAUGGAUAUUGGACCUGAGCUAUGGCGUCGACCCAAAUUCUACGAUUACAGCGUAAACCCUCAUCGACAGGAAGAGUUCUUGAAAUCUUGGGAAAAAUGGGAUUGGACAUCAGCCUUGUAAAUGAAUAAACCUUCUUAAUCUUGGUUUUCGUUUUCAUUUAUAUUUUUACAUUAAAUCUUCAUCGCCUGUCCACACUUGUUGAUCCCUUGUUCAGUGACGGAUCCAAGCUCUAGC